GCACGUAGGUAAAAUUUCUUCUCAACGGCCGGUGAGACACCGCAGCAUCUCUCUUGUGCUCCUCGGUCUGGCGCCAGCGCUGGGCGGAUGUAGAAGAUGAGGAGAAGAACAGACGACAGUCAACAGGGAUUAGAAAGGGAUUGCAAUUGUGAGGCAGCGGGCAAAGCAAGCAGACUAGCCCACAAGCCUAUUCCUCUUAUUGUGCUCAAAUAGACUUGAGAGUAAAGAAGUUUUCUCAUGCCGAGCCAAGCUCCAGCACCAGCACCAGCACUGAAGCUCCAAAGAGCGACCCGAAGCUCUGAAGAAAUACUAGCGAAGAACGUUUUCGACGGCGAUGGUGUGCCUGAUAUGAUUACGAAUGUAACCGCAGCGUUAGGUCUGUCAAUCAUUUUGUUCAACCCAUGUAGAAGACCACUUGUCUGCUAAGGGAUGAACCAAUCAGGGUAAGAGUCAAUUGCAGAGACCCUUCUCAACUCAGAGGAUUUGUGGAGAUUUUUUUCAAUGAUAUUGGAUAUGAGGUGAAGUUCAUGGUUGAAGGUCACCAUUACAAAUCCCUGAAGACAGUUGGGAACUCUGCUGGUGGCAGUAAAUUUCAGGACAAAUAUGGGGACAAUGAUGACACUGAUCAAGGUAAAAACAAAGGUCCAAAAGAAAAAGACUCUGCUGGAGGGGACAAGUUCACUGGAUACUCUGAGGUUAGUCAAGGUGACUCUCAGGAGGAUAGUAUGGAAGAUCUGAUCAGGGAUGGAUCACCUGACAAUGCCAACCACAAGGAAAAUGAUUCUGUAGAAUUCCCUGAUGACACUUCUCCUAAUAUCACUGUGUUGCCUACUAAUGUUGAAGCUGUGUCGACUGAGAGAGGAAUCCCAAGGGAAGCUCCACAACAACCAAUGGAGGAAGUGCAACAGGCAGGCUGUGACAAGGGUGAUGGUUUGCUGCAUGCAACAGCUAUUAUCCCAGAUGAGAAGAUUUUGGUUCAUAAUGACCAGGGAACAUAUCUCUUGGAGGCUAGUAAGUGGCCAAUACUGAAUGUGGAGUCAGACUCUGUGGGAGAGGAACUCCUAACCCAAGAAGAAGAUUUGAUGGAACUCUCUGAGCACAAUAUGAAGGCUACUCAGGUUGGAGAUUCUGCCAAGGAGGACAGCUCCCAAGAAUGGAUUUCCCCAAUUAGCAAGAAGAAGAAAAUUCAGAAGGACAGGAAGAGAAGAGUGGUGGUGGCAACAAGAGCAAGUUCAAGGAUUCCUAGGGAUGGGAUCCCAAUUGCAGAGAAAGCUAUGCAGAGGGCUAAGGAGAAGGACUCCAUUCCCACAGAAAUGGUUGCGGCUUCUGAAGCAGAGUGAUCAAGUGAAGCUGGCGGAGCCGAUGCUGAAGAUAGGAAGUUGGAUUAAGGACUACGCCCCGUUGGCUUCUUCUUUUACGGAUAUCGUUGAACUUUAGUUCGUUUUCGUUUUCGCCUUUUGUUGUUCUGUCUGGAAAACUGGUUAUCCCAGUGCUGUACUUGAACCUCUUAUUGCUUUCAAUAUAAGCAGAGCUUGCCUCUUUCAAAAAAAAAAGUUAGAAGACCACUUUUGACUACAUCUGUCAGAUGUUGGUCGAACUGUGCCAUGUUGGCACGAUUCUAGCAGAGUAAGACUGAUGUAAUGCCCAUGGGUUGGCCGUUAUCCCGUUGCAAUAAGAAGUGCAUCUGCAGCUGUCGAUUAUUCGGUUUCAGCAUAGCGUCUGAAAGACUGAAACAACCGUAUGAAUUUCACAGGCA